GGACGUACAUGAACAUGCCGAGAGGAGAAAGUGAGGACGAGCGAUGACAGCCAUGCUGAGCCCAAAGAUCAGACAGACCAGGAGAGCCCGGUCCAAGAGCAUGGUGAUGGGCGAGGUGUCGCGGGGCUCGUGCCGGCCGGCCUCCCCGAGCCUCCAGGAGGGGGCGCUGAAGGCCGGCUGGCUGAAGAAGCAGCGCAGCAUCAUGAAGAACUGGCAGCUGCGUUGGUUUGUGCUGCGCUCGGAUCAGCUGUUCUUCUACAAGGACGAGGAGGAGACCAAACCACAGGGCUGUAUUCCUCUGCAGGGCUGCCAGGUCAACGAGCUCACAGCCAAUCCAGACGAACCGGGACGACACCUGUUUGAGAUCGUACCAGGUGGGACAGGAGAGAAGGACCGGGCAGCCAUCAGCCAUGAAGCCUUCCUGCUCAUGGCCAACUCGCAGACAGACAUGGACGACUGGGUCAAGGCCAUACGGCGGGUCAUCUGGGCGCCGUUUGGCGGAGGGAUAUUUGGCCAGCGCUUAGAGGACACCGUGCAGUAUGAGAAGAAGUUUGGGCCCCGGCUGGCGCCCCUGCUGGUGGAGCAGUGUGUGGACUUCAUCAGGGAGCGGGGUUUGGACGAGGAAGGGCUCUUCAGGAUGCCGGGACAAGCCAACCUGGUGAAGGAGCUGCAGGAGGCCUUCGACUGCGGCGACAAGCCUCUGUUUGACAGUAACACAGACGUCCACACGGUGGCGUCCUUGCUGAAGCUGUACCUGCGAGAGCUGCCUGAGCCCGUCAUUCCUUUCUCCAAAUACGAGGACUUCCUCACCUGUGCACAGCUUUUGGCCAAAGAUGAGGAGGAGGGGGUCCAGGAGCUUGGAAAGCAAGUGAGCACUCUACCUCUAGCCAAUUACAAUCUGCUCAAGUACAUAUGCAAGUUCCUUGAUGAGGUCCAGUCCCACUGUAAUGAGAACAAGAUGAGCGUCCAGAACCUUGCCACAGUAUUUGGACCAAAUAUCCUCCGUCCCAAGAUGGAGGACCCAGUCGCUAUUAUGGAGGGCACGUCUCUGGUCCAGCAUCUGAUGACCAUCCUCAUUAGAGAACACAAGCGCUUGUACUCAGGGAGGGACCAGGAGGGACCCACCGUAUCCCAAACAGAGCUCGCUGUCCAGGGUCAGCAGCUCCAGCAUCGCAGCCUGGGAGCCUGGAUCUCAGAGGAGGAUCUCCAGAGCUGCCCGGUCUCCAACCCCGACCAUGAUCUGCAUAGCAGCGCCUCAUCUCUGGAUGCUAAACUGUGUGCAGCUGUCACGCCCACCCAGACGCCUAACCCGAACACCGCACCAAGACUAGGGACUUCGUCAGGGAAAGGCGAGCCGGUGGUCAGCCCGAGUAAGCAAGCCAAGGCCAUGCCUUCUUGGAAAUACACUUUCAAAAGCUCAUCAGUGCCCCGCUCACAGCAACAGGCCAAACAAGGCAGCAGUGGGUCCACAGCUGAUGUCACUAGUGUAUCUUCAAGGAACUGGCUGAUGAAUGGAUUGUCCUCAUUGAGGGGCCACCGGCGUACCUCCUCAGGUGAGCGAUCCACCCGUGAUCGUGAUUCCACGGGCUACUCCCAGAGACUGUCCACCUACGACAACGUCACCUCCUCCUCCAGCAUGGGGAGCGUGCCCAGUGUCGCCAGUACGCCUUGGUCCACUUCCUCUUGUGAGAUCUCAGUCCCUGAAUCAGGAAGCAGUGAGACUUCGGCCAACCAGAACUGUGCAGGUGGAGAAAAGGUGGAGUGGAUGGAGGGCCAGAGGGAGAUUGAGAGCGUAAGGGAUGGAGGGAUGGGGACAGACCGGGGCUCUGAGCAGGAGGACAGCUGCGAGGCCAUGGAGCUUUGUGGCAGCAGUGCAGCCUGCAGCGAGAAUGGGAACGUGGCCGUGGCAGCUGGGGUGCCGUCCAUUAUCAUGUCUGAGGAUGGAGAUGGUGGACCUACAACGCUUGGCAGUCUGGUGGAAGGGCUAAAGGAUGAGUUGAGGAAACAGAAGAGUGUGUACGAGGCCAGGAUCAAAAAGCUGGAGGAGUCCAGUGCAGCUCUUUGUGCCCAGAUGGAACGUUUGGAACAAGAGAUGGAGCAGGAGAAGAAGAAGCAGCGCAUGCUCGAGAUCAAACUACGAAACUCUGAGCGGGCGCGGGAGGACGCAGAAAACCGCAACCGGCUGCUUGAGAAAGAGAUGGAGGAUUUCUUUUCCACGCUGGGAGAUCUGGCCCUGGGAGCAAGGACUAGUGACAUAUGAGAGCAUGGCCGCUCAUCUGUCUGGGGCCAAAAGAGUGGCUGACGUCAGGGUUUAUAUUUCAGGAGGUUGUCGCUUGCAAGGGCUCGUGUCCUCCUGAAAUAAUCCUCAAUAAAUCAGGGCGUUCCUUCUGAAAAAAAAAAGAAAUAAAAUGGAACAGGCCAUAUUUGUGUACAUUCAGGGCAAGUUCAGAUUAACUGAAAUAUCGAGAUGAGACAACAUAAGGAUGUAAAAAUCAAAGCGGGAUUGGCUACUUGGUACUUGUCAGAUUGAUCUUCAUAAAGCGCUGAGUGAGUUGGACUAUCCUUGAAGUGCAGUGAUACUCCAAGAAUGCUUCAAAUGGAACGGGAGUAGGAGGGAACCAUACUCUUGGUGACAUUACCAGGGUUUGUUUUGCAGAGCCAGUAUUUUAAACAGGCCCGGUACCUGAGUGCAAGCGGUGGAACAUGAUUAAACACUCAUUUUCUCUGUACUGGAAAGCACUGACUUCUUCAACCACUACUGUACAAGGACAUUAAGUGAAGGGAUUUUGUGCAGAAACUAAGAUUCAGUGAAAGAGACGCUGUUAUUGUUGAAUGCGGACAGCCAACAUAUUUAUCUAUACUUAUGUACAGCUGUACAGUGGUAGCACCUGUAGAAGUUCCUCCUUGUGCACUUAUUCUACACCGAUCACGCAUUAGUACGUCACACAGUUAUUUCUUGAAUGUUAUUCAGUAGAAUCAAAACCACCUCAGUGUUUCUUAACCACGUUGUUACCAAACCAUUCCUUGUUACUUCCAAUAGCUGAAAAGAAAGUAACACAUGGCUUCCCAAACAAUUCCUCUUAAGAAUGGACUAGAUAAACAGUGUAGCAUUAAAGCGGCAUGAAACCAGGCAGAAAAUCAAAUUUUUACUGACAUCUAGUGAUUGAAAUAUUUGUCUAGUUGCAGGAUGUAAGUAUUAGGUCUAGUUUUAGGUCAAGUAUGUGGUCCAAUUCAGUAUUAGGUCACUUUUACACUUGAUAGUCCAGAUUAACGAUUCUUUUGAUAAAUUCUUACUUUGCAUUUGGUUCUGUUGGCUGCCAUAUGGACAGCCAUGUAUAAACCUAAGUGAUGUGUUUUCUUCAUAUUGGUCAGAGAAGAAAGCACAUACCAUGGACCAUCAGCCAUGGACCUUAACAUUUAUGGCAGUUUAUCCUGUUUUGGUCUGCAGUUCAAAGGAAGAUGAAUGAAACAGAAAAUGAAAGACUGAUACCAAUCUGAUCAGUGAGGAUACUGGUGUGUUGAUUGUUCAAAAGUGGGCACACUGCCAUCAGAUGUUGGUACCAACGUAGAAGUGUCAUGAUUUCAUAACUGCAUUACGAGGGAGAAAAAUGAGGCGCAGUAAGCUAUGUCCCAUGCUCCUACGUAGCCCUGCAGUUGCUACUUUAUUGCCUACAAUAAAUUAGCUUCUUUUGAGGCACUGCAACAUCUUGGCAUUAGUCACUGUCUUCGGUACAGAUCUGUCUGUGGAGGUUCUGUCAUCCAGGUCAUGGUUAUCCAUAAAGAGUUCACUCAGUGUCCACUGGAGUUGUUUGUAAAUUCUCGAAGACGUUUCAUGUCUCAUCUAAGAAGCUUCUCCCAUUCUGUUGGACUGCUGGGGAGUUCCAGGUAUUUAACCUGUGUAGGGAUGUCACAACUGAAGAAGCGUCUUGGUUGAGAAGUGAAAUGUCUUUGAGAAUCUACAAACGACUCCGGUUGCCUCGAGUGAACAUAUGUGGACACUCCAGAUCUCUCCUGGAACCGAUCCAAGAUCCACCUCUUUCAAGUGGACCAGUGCUUGAUCAGGGUGUUCUCACCUACCCAGAAGAGCCACCUCAACACACCAGAGUUCAAUUCAACUGGACUAAACACGACAGGUGUGAAAGUGACCUUAGAUGGCUGUUGGAUGUGGUCAGAAAAGCAACAUAAUUUAAUUUCAACCUAUAGCUGUCAGGGCAGCAGUGCUUCUCUGCCAUAAAAGAUUCAGGGUUUCAUUAGCCUUUCAUUCGGCAGUCAGUCAAAGGUGGGACUUCUACAAAAGCUGCAUCUGUAUUCCUGUUUGUGUCCUCAGGCCCUUCUCGUGCCUAUCUAGCCACCAUGAUGACAAAGCCUCAGUCUUUGGUUUACUCUGACCAACACAGAUGUCAAUAUACCUUUAAUGUACAGACGAUAUAACAGGGACAGUGUAAGUACUUCAAGCAUUUUCAAUUUAGCAUAUGCUGCCUAGUAUUCAGGACACGUGACAGUAGGUGAAGGCCAUUCGCAGUACACAGUAAAUACCAAAGCUGGACACACUCUGCCGUUGGCUCACUAAAGAUCAGAAUGGCCUGCCAUGUUGAUUUUGGCACACGAAGCUGAACACUGCCCUCAAAGAAACAAUGGAAUUUCCUGCGUUGUGCCUUCAGGGAAGUGUUUUUAAAUAGGAAACAUGUAGUGUUGCUUGCUCGUCCAGAGGUGUUGUGCAUAUACUCUCCCAUAGUACACACAGUGGCUGCAUUAAUGUCCGUUUUUUCUUUUUUAUUAUUAUUAUUAUUUUGAUAUUGCAACAAACUGCUGAAGAUAUUAAUAACUUGAUCUCCCUAGAAGGUGCCAAUUCUUGUGAAAGUGAAUUGUGAAUUUGAAUGGAAGUUUUGAAUUAAGAAUGUAUCCUUGUAGUGAAUGUAAUGUGUUGUUGAUGAAGCCAGCCCUAUAAAAAAAAAAAAAGUUACCCAGUUACCAGAGCAAAA